UGCGAGUAUAUUUUAAUCGAAAUUGCAUCAUUUUGGUCAGGAUCUACACCAAAUUCAAACACAUUCUCUAUUGUUUUUGUUAUUGCGUUGCAGAAUAGCUAGCUCAGCUGUGGUUUUGAUCUGAUUCCAUCUCUCCAGUUUCAUCGGCUACAAGUCUACAACCACCGUAAUGGCCUCAGCAGAGGAAGCGCGAGUUCCAACUGCAAUUCCGCCGCCAACUCCUCCUGUUACUAAGUUUAAGAUUGCACUUUGCCAGCUAGCAGUUACUAGUGAUAAGGAAAAAAACAUUGCCCAUGCUCGUCAAGCAAUUGAGGAUGCUGCGGGAAAGGGUGCUCGGCUGAUUCUUCUUCCUGAAAUAUGGAAUAGUCCAUAUUCCAAUGAUAGUUUUCCAGUAUAUGCAGAGGAUAUUGAUGCCGGUGGUGAUGCAUCGCCUUCAACUGCAAUGCUAUCUGAACUUUCUCGUACUCUAAAGGUCACGAUAGUUGGUGGUUCCAUUCCUGAACGAAGUGGUGACAGAUUGUAUAACACUUGCUGUGUCUUUGAUACAGAUGGAAAGCUUAUAGCUAAGCACAGGAAGAUUCAUUUGUUUGACAUUGACAUUCCUGGCAAAAUGACCUUCAAAGAAUCAAAGACUCUUACAGCAGGGGAGACUCCCACCAUUAUUGACACAGAUGUUGGACGUAUUGGUAUAGGCAUAUGCUAUGACAUUCAGUUCCAAGAGCUAGCAGCAAUAUAUGCUUCCAGAGGCGCCCACUUGCUUUGUUAUCCAGGAGCUUUUAACAUGACUACUGGUCCCCUUCACUGGAGUUAA